AUGGCAGAAGUUGAACAUCGCCGCUUUUUCUCUUUUGAGUCGAUCAACCGCGCACUCACACCAAAGAAGUCGAGCAAAAAGACACCGGAGCCACCCGCUUUGAUUGUUAAACCACAUCUGACGGAAUUCAUGUCACCGCCAGUCAUUUUAGAAACAGACAAUCACAAUUUUAACAGUGUUAUUGAAAUUGAUGAUCAACUACUUUCCAUGUUUGGUGUUGGACAAAAACGAACUUAUUACAGCGACUGUGACUAUCAACGACUUCUCGAAAAUCCUUCCCGAGUUGCUAAAUUUCAACUGACCCUCCACAAGUCGUCGUUCUUGAAUUACACGUCUGUUGACAGAAAAAAUCGCCCAUUAUUUGUUUUCAAUUUGGACACGUGUCCGUUUUCAUUUGGGAUGGACGACCAAUCAUUUAUCCAAUUGGCGCACUUUGUUUUCACUCGAAUGGAUGAGUUGGUAAAAUCAAAGUACUCUGUCGUCAUUGUCGACUCAAAGGCAAUUUUCCCAGUAACUUUUAUUGCAAAGUUUUUUUCGUACCUCCCCAAAAAGUACUUCGACAACUUCCACAAGCUUUACGUCUUUUUUGGUAUUACUACACAGAUUUCUGUUAACGUUUCUCUUGAUAUUUCAAGACUCAAAAUCAUCAAAGACGUGUCCGACUUCUACAAAGACGUUGCUCCGGUUCACUCUCCAGUGAGUAAGAAAGUGCUUUUAGAACACACAACAAACCCAACAAAAUUCUUUGGGAAUUCCCUUCAAAACAUCGAAAAGAUCAAUUUCAAAAAUUAUUCAACGCUUCCCGUUGUUAUCGAGGCAGUGAUUCAAUUCUUUUCCGGCAAACCAGAACUACUUUCGACUGAAGGGCUGUUUCGAAUUGGUGCAAACACAUCCGAAGUUAAGAGAUGGUGUAGUCUGUUUGAUGAUUGGAGGGUGUAUGAGUUUCCACAGAGUGAAGACCCACAUGUUGUUGCCAAUGUAUUGAAGGAAUUUUUAUUCAGUUUAAAUGCUCCCGUUCUGCCAAAUGAGACAGCUGAGAAGGUUUUUUCAAUCUUUGGGAAAAAUGACAACUUUUCUGACACUUCAAAUCCGAUAAAUCACACACGAGAUAUAAUUGGUGGAAUGUGCGAACCAAAUAAGAAAGUUCUGAAUUCAUUAGUCAAUUUGGCUAACAUUCUUUUGACUGCGUCUCAAAGAAAGGGAAUCACUGCUGGGAACAUUUCAACCAUUUUUGGGCAGACGAUAUACCCCAUGCAAUCUCUCGGUCCUGGAGCUAUACAUAAGGUUACUACCAUCAACACAUUUUUUGCAUUUCUUAUGCAAAACUAUUUAGAUGUGUGGAAAGAGUAA